CCAUCUGGUGUGAGGGGCCCCUGGAGGCCCAGGAGUUCCGUCUGCAUAAAGAGGGAAGCUCAGGGCCCUGGGACAGACAGAGACCACUGGAGCCCGGGAACAAGGCCAAGUUCUCCAUCACAUACAUGACUGAGCACCAUGCAGGGAGAUAUCAAUGCCUCUAUCUCAGCCCUGCUGGGUGGUCAGAGCCCAGUGACCCCCUGGAGCUGGUGGUGGUGACAGGAUCCUACAGCAAACCCUGGAUCUCAGCCCUGCCCAGCCCUGUGCUGACCUCAGGAGGGAACGUGACCCUCCAGUGUGGCUCAGGGCAGGGAUAUGGCAGGUUUAUUCUCACCAAGGAAGGAGGACACCACCUCACCUGGACCCUGGACUCACAGCAAGACCCCAGUGGGCAGUUCCAGGCCCUGUUCCCUGUGGGUCCCGUGAUCCCCAACCACAGGUGGACAUUCACAUGCUACGGCUAUUACAGGAGCAAACCCCAGGUGUGGUCAGUGCCCAGUGACCCCCUGGAGCUCCUGGUCUCAGGGGUGUCCAGGAAGCCCUCCCUCCUGACCCAGCAGGGCCCUGUCCUGGCCCCUGGAGAGAACCUGGCCCUCCAGUGUCACUCAGAUGUCACCUAUGACAGAUUCACUCUGUCCAAGGAGGGGGCACAGGACCUCCCCCAGCGCCCUGCCCAGCAGCCCCAGGCUGGGCUCUCUCAGGCUGACUUCCUGCUGGGCCCUGGGAGCAGCUCCCACGGGGGUCAGUACAGGUGCUAUGGUGGACACAGCCUCUCCUCUGAGUGGCCAGCCCCCAGUGACCCCCUGGACAUCCUGGUCUCAGGACAGCUCCCUGGCACACCCUCCCUCUCAGUGCAGCCUGGUCCCACAGUGUCCUCAGGGGAGAACGUCACCCUGCUGUGUCAGUCACAGAUCAAGAUGGACACUUUCCUCCUGUGCAAGGAGGGGGCAGCUGAUCCCCCCCUGCGUCUGAGAGCAGAGUACCGAGCCCCAUGGUACCAGGCAGAGUUCUCCAUGAGAGCUGUGACCCCAGCCCUCGGGGGGACCUACAGGUGCUAUGGCUCUCACAGCUCAUCCCCCUACCUGCUGUCAUGGCCCAGUGCCCCCCUGGACCUGGUGGUCUCAUGGGAGACCCUCUGGGGGACCCAGCCCCCCACCCUCAGGACCCAGGUCACCAGCUGGAGGGGACACAGGACCCCCGAAUGCUGUUCCCAACAGCUCAAGGCGCGGCUCUAUCAGGCCCCCUUCAGGCUGGGCCUCUCAGCAAUAUCCCCUGGUGGUCAGUACAGAUUCUAUGGUGGACAAGGCCUCUCCUCUGAGUGGUCAGCCCCCAGUGACCCCCUGGACAUCCUGGUCUCAGGACAGCUCCCUGUCACACCCUCCCUCUCAGUGAAGCUGUGGCCCACAGUGUCCUCAGGGGAGAUUGUCACCCUGCUGUGUCAGUCACAGAUCAAGAUGGACACUUUCCUCCUGUGCAAGGAGGGGGCAGCUGAUCCCCCACUGCGUCUGAGAGCAGAGUACCGAGCCCCACGGUACCAGGCAGAGUUCUCAAUGAGAGCUGUGACCCCAGCCCUCGGGGGGACCUACAGGUGCUAUGGCUCUCACAGCUCGUCCCCCUACCUGCUGUCACGGCCCAGUGCCCCCCUGGACCUGGUCAUCUCAGCCUCACCCCACAGGGACUACACCUUGGAGAACGUCAUCCGCAUGGGCCUGGCUGGCCUGGUCCUGCUGGUCCUCGGGAUCCUGCUGUUUGGGACUCGGCACAGCCAGAGAGGGACCCAAGACGCAGGCAGGAGGUGAACAUGGAGGGAGCAGUGCAUCUCCCUGCAAAACGGAGCUGGGGAAACAUACCUGAUGCUCCCAGGAGAUGAGAGGAAGUCGGGUGUGCAUCAGGAGGGCUGGCUGGACCCUGGGUGGACAUGGCUUCCAAGAGAGACAUCUGGACUGAGGCGUGGGGUUCUCCUCCAGGAUGUGGGGGUAGAGCCUCCUAGUCCCCCUCCUCCUCUCACCCCAGGACCCUGGGUGCACCCACAGCCCAGGACCCCCACAUGUUUUGGGCCCUGGUUCUCUCACAGGUUCCUGUGAUACACUAAAUAUGAAUGGCCACAUCCUGAUAUCAA